GGCCACCAAAGACAUGGGCAAGAUGCUUGGUGGAGAGGAGGAGAAGGAUCCUGAUGCUCAGAAAAAAGAAGAGGAAAGACAAGAAGCGCUGAGGCAACAGGAAGAGGAGGAAGCAAAAUAGCAAGAAUGGAAGGCAGAGAGAGAAAACAUCCGACAGGGCAUCAGGGAUAAGUAUGGCAUCAAGAAGAAGGAGGAGAAGGAAGCCGAGGCAGCAGCUGCUAUGGAGCAGGCCUCCGAGGGCAGCCUCACCCGCCCGAAAAAAGCAGUUCCUGCUGGCUGCGGCGAUGAGGAGGAAGAAGAGAGCAUCGUGGAUACGGUCAUGAAAUUCAUCCCUGCACCACUCAUGGAUAUGUUCAAUAAAAAGUAACAGCGUUCUGGCAGGAAAAUGGUUAACUUCUUACAAUGUCCAUCUAAUCAAUGCUGUACCACCCUGCCCCACCUCCAGCUGCAGCCACACCUUUCUUCACCUCCCUCCCACCCAGUCAACUCAACUUCUAAGUGUCCUGGAAUUACACAACAUGCUGUGAUUUUGCCCUUAAGUUAAACUUUCUGAUCUCACAGUGAUUCAUACUUUUUAAUAUCUCUGACAGAGAUCUUUCUUGAUAACCUGUGAUUAUUAUCGUGUUUUAAAAAGUAUGCAACACCUACACAGAUCGAAUGUCUUUACUUAAGGCAAACUGAUGCCAUGUUUUCAAAAUGCCCAGCACUUAGAAUACGACCAGAUAUCACCCAUCAUCCACCCUUUUUGUUUGUAAAUAGCCUCGGUUAUAUAAAAAGAGUACUAUAUAUCAGUGAAAUAUGACGUAUAACAAGAUAACUAAGAGUAUAAGCCAUAUUUUUAACUUGUA